AUGUUCUUAAAAGUGGGUACAUACAGAAAUGAGGCUCAAAUUGUUGCCAUUGUCAUUGGUAGCCUGGCAAGUUUCACAAGUGGUAUGGUUUUAGCCUGGCCCUCACCAUUCAUUCCAAAAAUAGUCACCGAUAAAGAAAACUACAAUUUAACACAUAAAGAAGCAUCGUACAUACCAAUACUGAACACAGUAGGUCUACUAAUAUCUCUGCCAUUUACCCUGCUCCUUCCUGAUCGUUUCGGAAGAAAACCAACACUUUUGUUCAGUGGCGUUCCAUUUGCGGCCUGUUGGAUUUUAAAGUAUUUUUUUACGAAUUUGUAUGUUUUGUAUUUUGCAAGAUUUGUUGCUGGUUUAGGAGAUGCGCUUUUACUCUCUUCUUUGCCUUUAUAUAUUGGGGAAGUUGCAAUUCCUGAAGUUAGAGGGGUAUGGGGGAAUAGUUUGAUUGUUUCAGGGUAUUUAGGACAAUUUUUAAUGAAUAUUGUUGGUAGUUACUUAAGUGUUAAAGACACUUCCUUAAUUUGCCUCUCAGUUCCAAUAGUUUUCGUGAUAUCAUUUUCGUUCAUGCCGGAAUCACCUUAUUUUUAUAUCAUGAAGGGAAAAUACGAAGAGGCUAAGACUUCCCUUAGAAAAUUUAGACUUAAAGAAAAUAUUGAUGAUGAAUUUUUAACGUUAAAGUCUGAUGUGCAAAGGCAGAUGUCAGAAUCAGGCACUAUAAAGGAUCUCUUCUUUAUAAAAAGCAACCGACGGGCUUUAGUAGCUGGUCUGUUUAUGCGAAUAUCUCAAAUGUUGUCAGGAUUGUUUGUUUUUAUAAGUUAUACUCAGUUUAUUUUCCUAAAGGCUGGUGGUAAUGUCGAUCCGUCAGUAUCAGCAAUUAUUUACACAGGUCUUGCUGCUACGCUCUUUUUAGUAGCGUCAGUUUUUGCUGAAAAGCUCGGUAGGAAGAAAUCUUUAUCCAUUUCUUUAGUUUUAUCCGCAGUCGUGCUUUUGUUGGAAGGUUUUUAUUUUUAUGUAGAUCAAUAUAUCAAAGAAAUUGACCUUUCAAAUUUAAAAUGGUUUCCUUUAGCAGGAAUGUUAGUGUUUUUAAUAUUUGUCUCUUUCGGGGUCGCUAUUAUUCCAACACUAAUGUUAAGCGAACUUUUUUCUGCUAGUAUUAAAGCUAAAGCCGUUUCUAUUGUUAUGGCUGCUUAUGCUAUUAGUUAUGUUCUCAUGAAUACUUUGUUUUAUCAGUUAACUUCGUCUUUAGGAUUGUGUGCUCCAUUUUUCGUUUUCGGCAUUUGUAACAUUGUUUCCGCUUUUUUGGUUGGAAUUUUGGUGCCAGAAACUAAAGGCAAAACUUUAGAAGAUAUACAACAGGAUCUUAAGUCUAACUGA